AUGGUGAAGCCAGGUAGUGGCAGAAUCAUUCUCGUCGAACAUGGUAGAGGAUGGUGGGGUUUCGUCAACGGUUUGCUGGACAAGUCGGCCGCUUCCCAUUUCAAGAAAUAUGGGUGCUGGUGGAAUCGAGACAUUGCCGAAAUCGUGGACAAUGCCGCCAAAUCGCUGCCCGGGCUCGAGGUCGUCAAAGUCGAUCGCCCGUACUUUACCCAGCUCGGGACAACCCUGUGGAUUGAACUGAAAGUGUCUGGCACCUCUUAA